UCCCGAUACAGGCUAAUAUCCCAUAAACACACGCUAUUCGCGUGCAAUGUGACAUUUGACAGGUUCCCAACAAAUAAACUCAGUGCAUCGAUUGCUCCUGACAUUUUGUCAGUUUACACGAAUUGCAGCGAACAUUCGGGGAUUAUUGUGAGAACACAUACUUCAAGCAUUGAGUCUGUUUAACAGCACAGGUCGUGUUUGCGCGCGCGUAUGUUUUUAAUGUAGUUUGUUGUCGAAAGUAUCUUCAUGUUGUUUUGAUUUUUGGGUCUAUGUUAGUCUUAUUACAUUACGUUCAUUAGGUAUUAAUCGGGGAGCGCCUCACCGCCAAAGUGAAGGGCACCAAGGAACGAAAUAACUCACGCGGAGGGUUGUGUUUCGAGUCCGCUAUGGAUGAUUCCCCAGACUGGAUGUACGGAACAAAGCUAGCCUCGAUGGCCGGACUGAUGUGUGCCACCUUGGCCUGUGGCAUCGUCCCGCUGUGGGCACUUAAAGGAUCGGGGAAGUGCAGCGCCGAUCCAGUGUUGAGUUUGGUGACCUGCUUUUCGGGUGGUGUUUUCCUGUCAGCUUGCCUCCUGGACCUGGUGCCUCACCACCUGUGCAGCAUGAGCGAGGCCUUCCACAGCCUGGAGAUCAAACUUCACUUCCCACUCCCAGAAUUCCUCCUGUCCAUGGGCGUCUUCCUGGUCCUGGUGAUGGAGCAGGCUGUCCUGGCUUACAAGGACCAAUCACAGGCCGCCAAGGAAGAGAGGUGGGCCCGACUGAUGGAGCCCUGUAUCCAAUUGCUGCGCAAGGAAGAGCAGGGCCGCUCCCCUGUCACCAGGCAUGAGGAGGAGCCAUGCCGUGGGGGUGGCCCCCGCGAUGACCCCGCCCACCUGCGAUUGGCCGGGCACUCAUUCACCUCAUUCACCCUGGUGCUCUCCCUCUCCUUGCACGCAGCCCUGGAGGGGAUGGCUGUGAGCCUGUGGGGGGACGGCGGGUGGCGGGCGGGGGCCUACACCUCCCUGCUGCUGCGCCGGUGUCUGGUGGCCGCCGGGCUGGCGGUAAACCUGGGCCGUGCACAGUUGCGCUGCAGCGUCGUCACCGGUUGCCUCCUGCUCUUCUCCCUCGCCUCCCUGGUGGGUGUGGCCCUGGCAGAGGCCACCUCGCCCUCUCACCAGCUGGCACAGUCCACCCUGGGGGGGCUAGCGGCUGGCGCUUUCCUCUGCGUCACUUGCACAAAAAUAUUGACCCACCAGCAGAUGGCGCCACACCGCCGGCUCCCCAGGCUCGCGCUACUCCUUGCCGGAUUCGCCGUCUUCGCCGGUACCCUUUUUAUAAAGAUCUAGAGCCGAGCUGAGCAGCUCCUGUCCCAGAAGGCCACAGGGUCUGUGUGUUGCAGCACUGGGAAUCCAUUCAAGAUGCUGAUCUGCUGAUCAGCCUGCACACCUUUGUUUCCAAGGCCAGAACUGGCUGCUGAGUGGAAGGGCGCCACAGAAAUCUACCAAAAUGGUGGCUCUCCAGGAUUUAAGUUUGACUUAAAUCUGUUUUUUAUUUUUUGUUCUUUUUUUCACUUCAUAAUUUACCUAUUGUCAUAUUUACCUUAUUAUGGCCUUAAAGUUUUUUUUGCUUUGUUUUUAUUUAACAUUUAUUGUCUGUAUUUACAAUUUAAAGUUCUCAUAGUGUUUCCUUGAAUGGCAUUUAAGUUCAACUCUGGCUUUCUAAAACAUUUUGUUUCACUGUGUUUAUGUUUAAAUGGUGUGUUUCCUAGAUGUGAGAUGAACUGUACCUUGUGAAUGCUGCAGAGGAAAACACUGAUUUUUGGCUCUGCCGGAAAUAUCAUUCUUAGGGAAUAAAACGUCCUCAGCUCAAGUAUAUUUGCUAGUAACUGUGUGCUGAAUCCCAAAAAAAUAGCAGAAAGUAACAUGAACAUCACUUAAGCUGAUAAUUUAUUACAUAAAUGAAUGAAGUACAAUGAGCACAUCAGUGUGCUAAAUGUGUAAAAAUUACUUGCGGUCUGACCACACAUGAAGCACUUAAACAGAUAAACCAUUUAACAAGUGACAUACAUUGACCUCCUGAGGACUUACAUUUAUAGACAUUUAUACGGGCAUACGUUUGUCAGGCGAUCAAUGGAUGUCACAUGGUAUAUGAUUUGUCAAUUUAAGUGCAUUAUAAUUGCAGUGUACUCUUCAUGUCAAAAUAGUUGAUGUCCUUUCACUGGGGCUGAAAAUCAAUCAGCCAAGCAAAAGCUAAUUUCUGCAUCAACUGACAAUGCUGGGGGUGUAUUUUGGGUGUUUAAUAAUACACAGCUAGCGGCAAAGAUGCAAAACAAUGGCAUGAAAAACCAACUACCAUCUAUUUUUUUCUUUUUGUUUUAUAUAUUUCAUUACUUUUAUUGAGUUUUUAUGUAUUGCUUUUUGUUGUGUUUCUAUAUUAUUUUUGAGAAUAUCCUACUUUUAUUUUGUUUGUACUUCCUUUGAUAAUAUUUCUUGGAUGGUGAAAGCAAUGACGAAUUAGCUAACUGCUACUGAGGGAAUCAACAAUCAUUUAAAAUUUAACAGCUUUUCAGUACAUUCAUUUUGCAGAUGCGCGUAUCCAGGGCAACCUAGAAUACAGGAAGCGCAUAGUGCAUAGUUAACAACGUUCCCAAACCGGCAAGUUAAAGAUGCAUGAUCAUUUAGCAGAUGUUUUUAUGCAGAGUGAAUUUCACAACAUCAUUUUAUACAAUAUACACUAAAGCAAUGCAGGUUAAGUACCUUGCUCAAGGGUACAACAACAGUGUCCAACCUGGGAAUUGAACCUGCAACCUUUAGGUUACAAGACCAGCUCCUUGCCCAUUAUACUGCUGCCCCACCCACAACCAAGAACAGACUCAUGAAACUUUUUCAGCAUCGUCUGUACUUGUGGCCUACUCUAUACCAUGGAAAUAUAAGGCCAAACCGUGCCCACCGUUUACAGAAAUGGAAUGUAUUUUAAAUAUUUUGAACUAAAAUAUAUAAUCAAAUAUAUUAUUAAUGGGGAAAAAAGUUUAAAUAAAAUCUCACUAUCAAAUAUUGUAAUAUAUGUAAUAGGUAUAUAUAUAUUUUUUUUCUUCAAAUUUGUACUGAUUUGAAAUAUAUUUAUGAUUAUAUUUUUGUGACAGCACAUUUCUGUGUACUCAGUUCUGUAUUUCCAGAAAAGGCUCUUCUGGCUGUGGACCCUGUGGAGUGUAUUUCAAUCUCUGUCAAAUUUUGUGAUACUUACUGUGCACACUAACCUUUCAUGACUUCGCUGUUUGCCAAUAAAGUUUGCAUUUCUCUGUGCAUAAUUUUAAUCAUCA